UGAACUCAUAGCUUGCUUUAUCCAACAUACAUAGAAUAGAGUUCUUGCCAUUCCCAUCACAGCCAUUUCUAUCUUCCCUGUCAUUCAUGUCUCUUAUGUUGGGAAAUCCCCACUCGGAUGUUCCUAUCAAGAAUCAGGUGGAAACGAAAGGAAAAAAGAAGAUUGGUCGCGGUUGUGCAAAUUACCACCCUAGUGUGUGGGGUGAUCGGUUUGUUACAUUGUCUCCGGAUGAGAUGGCAAGUACUACAUGUGUAAUAGAGAUUGAUGAAGUAACCAAACGAAGGGCUGUAAAACUAAAGGAACAAUUGAAGAAGAUGCUUCUCAAUGUCAGUGAUUCUUUGCAAGAAUUGAAUUUAAUAAAUGAAAUUCAACGUCUCGGGGUUGCCUAUCACUUUGAAAAGGAGAUUAAAGAUGCAUUAUCUAGGAUGCAUGAUGCCCAUAUUAACGGCAAUGAUAUUAGUGAUGAUCUUCAUGCAGUUGCUCUCUGGUUUCGGCUCCUAAGGCAACAAGGGUAUAACGUGUCAUCUAAUGUGUUUAGAAGGUUUAAAGAUGAAAAUGGUGAGUUUAAGGCGACAUUAAAAGAUGACAUCCGAGGAUUGUUAAGCUUGUAUGAAGCUGCAUAUCUUGGCACACGUGAAGAUAAUAUAUUGGAUGAAGCCAUAAAUUUCACCACCGAGCACCUUAAGUCAGCAAUGUCACAUUUGAGCUCUCCCCUUUCAACUCUAGUACAGUUUGCCUUAGAUCUACCACUGCACAAGUGUGUUGAAAGGCUACAAUCAAGGUACUACAUCUCAAUCUACCAAGAAGAGGAGCGGAAUGAUAUAUUAUUAGAGUUUGCGAAGUUUGAUUUCAAUAUGCUGCAGUCUUUGCACAAGAAGGAACUAAGUGACAUCUCAAGAUGGUGGAAAGAGAAUGAUUUUUCAACAAAGCUUCCAUUCAUCAGAGAUAGAAUAGUGGAGUUGUACUUUUGGAUAUUAGAAGUGUAUUUCGAACCACAAUAUGCCCGAGCAAGAAGGAUGAUGACCACAAUAAUAUCUUUAACGUCAAUAUUGGAUGACAUUUAUGACGUACACGGUACAUUGGAGGAGCUUGAACUAUAUACUGUUGCAAUCGAGAGAUGGGAUCGGGCGAUCAUGGAUCAGCUGCCUGAUUACAUGAAAGUGCAUUAUAAUGCGCUUCUAAAUGCAGUCGAGAAAUUUGAGGACGAAUUGAGCAAGGAAGGGAAAUCCUACCGUAUACCCUACUUAAAGAAAGCUCUUACGCUUUUGGCCAAAGGCUACCUAGAGGAAGCGAGAUGGACCAGCGAAGAGUAUGUGCCAACAUUGGAAGAGUAUAUGAAAAUUGCAUUAAUCACUAACGGCUAUCCCAUGCUUAGUGUAGCAUCUCUGGUUGGAAUGGGAGAUAUCGUAACAAAGGAAGCCUUUGAGUGGGCCAUCAAUGUACCUAAGGUGGUUGAGGCUAGUGCUGUAAUUUGCCGUCUCAGGGAUGACAUCACAUCAAAUGAGUUUGAGCAGGAGAGAACACAUGUUGUUUCUGGAAUCCACUGCUACAUGAAGGAGCAUGGCACCACAUACAGAGAAGCAUGCAAGGUAUUCCUAGAGAAGACUGCGGACGCAUGGAAAGAUGCUAACAUGGAAUGGAUGGAACCCACUCCCGUUCCGAGGGAAGUGAUCAAGAGGCCCAUGAAUCUUGCACGUGUGAUCGAACUCUUGUACCAGCACCAGGACUCAUACACCAAUUCAGCGUUUGAGACCAAAGAACAUGUCACAAUGAUGCUAGUGGAUCCUAUUCCCGUUUGAGACGAGCUUCUACGUUAGCGCGUUUGAUUGCAUCGAGUAUCAUGAAACCAUGUGCAACUAAACGUAUCCUCACAUAUAUUACAUACGUUUCUUGUAUGCGUCACUAUAUUGUAAUUGACCUUUUCUAUGAGAUGGAGAGAAUACAGAAAAUGUUGGCUUUACAAAGCCCAAAUGGUGACAAGUGCAGCUCCUACUCUAAAGGAGAAAGAAAAUAUGCU